AAGCUCGCCCCGGGAGCCUGCGCUAUCCAGAGUUUCCUCCGCGACGCCGGCGCGAGCGCGAGCAGCGAUGGCCACCACGGCGGCGACCAUGGCGACGCACCACCCCCGCGUCCGCCUCCGCGUCUGCGCCGCCUGGGACAUGAACCCGGGCGCCGCCACCUUGGCCGUGCCCAAGCCCGCCAAGGCCAAGGUCAAGCCGCCGGCGACCGCGACCACGGCCUCCCCGGCCCGCCCGCCUCCGCCGACCCACGCUGACCUCUUCGCGCGCUCCAGGGAGGGACAAGGAGCAGCUAAGAAGAGCACGUAUAUGGGCUUUGAGAAGUGGUGGUUGCCUCCGCCGCCAGAGGUGAAGAAGCCACGAUCGCUAUACAGCGCCGCGUCAUUGGCUUACUUGGGAGACUGCAUAUAUGAACUAUAUGCUCGGAGGCACUUCUUCUUUCCACCUCUGAGCAUCAAUGAGUACAACAAGCGUGUUAUGGAGGUUGUGAAGUGUGAAUCACAGGAUCUUUUGUUAAACAAGCUUCUUGGAGAGGAUUUUCUGACUCAAGAAGAAAGGGACAUACUUCGUUGGGGAAGGAACAUAGUUAGCAGUAAGACUCGUACCAGAAAGCGUGCAGGAAUAGCAGUCUACAAUCGGGCAUCUUCACUUGAAACUUUGAUUGGGUACCUUUACCUCACAAAUUUCAAGCGUUUAGAGCAGUUGAUGUUUCAAUUAGGCUUCACAAGUGGUGCUUCUUCACAACAUAUUGCAGAUGAGCUGCGGUCGAGUUUCCAGAAAACAACCUCCACUAAAGCCCAAUCUCAGCAACCUGCAACGCAAUGAACAGUUCCAAGGUGUAAUGAACUUGGUAUCACUUGCACAAGGAUGUCUUAUGGCCCAGCGACUGGUUCGAGCAUGCAUGGCUUGUGGCAUAUUCAGAUCCAAGAGUGAGAUUAGGAUCACAUGGUUGGCAAUACAUUUAUCAACAAGUUUCAGUGAAUGGAGCAACGUGAGUCAUGAGUUACACAUGCUAGAGACCGUGCACCAAAAAAAAGAAAAGAAAAGGACUGAAUGUUGCGGAGGAUCUGGGCUUUUGUAGCUAGGGGGGAGGAUCUGGGGCUUGUGUGGCUAUGAUUCUAGUUUGCUAUUGCGAAGAAGCUCCAGUUUGGAGGAACCAAGAGUUUUGUGAAUGGCAAAUUGAUUAAGGUCCGAUUUGGGGCGUUGGAAUCUACCUAAAUUAAUGUAGGAGACAAACUGGUUCAUGUGAAUUUGUUUGCAAAAACUCUGAAAAUACUGCUUCCUUA